AUGAACAUCGCUUACAGCUUCAAAUUUGCAUUGGAGGAGAACGCUGUCGAAAGUACACCCCCGACAUCGUCUGGAAAGAGGAGGAGAGAGCCCAGCUUCGGCGGCAACAGCAGCAGCGAAGGAGUAGGCGACCCGAAGGCGCGGGCACCAACAGGAGUGCCGACCAGGGUCAAGAACAGCCUGGCUUUCUACCGUGGGGCGGUGAGCGUGCCGACGUUCACCGAGGGGGAGCGUCAGCACAUCGAGUCCCACCUGACGUUCCAGCGAGCGUACGACAGCGUGGACAUCCUGUCCAACGGCAAGCCCGUCGACGGUGGGGUAGACCUUGCCCUGGCGCCUGUCGUCGCUGGCGCGAUCGCCACGAUGACCGACCUGGUUGGCGUGCGACCGGACUGCGCGCACCUGACUACACGGGAGAGAGGGCAACUUCACACGUCUCAUUCAGACAAGAUGAAGUUCGAUUUGCGCGGCACGGUUCACCUUGGCGCGGACGUCCUCCUCGACGGGCAAGUAGACCCCGCGGGGUCCACCGGGGACUUCAUCCUCAGCGGCGGCGACCUGCCGCAGCCCCUUAUCAUGCCGAUGCGGAGCAGAGACGCGUACAUCGCCACCCCGAAGGUCCUUCACGACCCCUUCUUCCACGGAAUCAGCCCUCCGGACCAAGCAAGCCUCUCGGUAGUCUGCACUUGGUCUCCGGGACGUGGCGCCUUCAAUCCCUGGCGGAGUCAGUCCCACCCGCUGGCCGAGAGCUUCCCCUCGCUCUGUGGAGUGAAGGCCGUCGACGGCGAGGAAGCGUUCAAGGUGACGACUACGGACCGUGUACCGCCGAAGACGAUCAAGUCACGGAUCCGGCAGUCGGGGGACUUCACCGACGGCGUUUCGCUGUUCCGAGCACCCCCCGAGGAGCAGGCGUCCGCCUACCACCGACUCGGCAAGAUGAGGAGCCCGAACGGAGGGAGGACCGGAGGGGCGAAAAAGAAACCAUCGGGAAUACAACAGAAACCCAACAGCAACCCGCGAGGCCCCGGCGGCGCCGGUCGUAUCGAGUUUGACUACGGCCCGUACGCUAUCUCCCUCGGCAAGCACCUCCGUGCUCAGAAGAACAAGAAGACGGGCGACAUUAUCAUCUCGGAAAACCCGUCGGAGUUCUUCGAGUGGAGCGUCCCCAGCGUGAACAACGGGGAGGGGACGUUGGGCACCCAUCCCUUCAACGGCCAUGGCGACAACACGAGAGCAUCCUACCCGUGCACGAAGGACGGUGCCAGGAUCAAGAAGGCGCCCAAGUUAGAGAGAGGCAACCUUUACCUGAUGCAGAAGGCCAGGGAGUGGCACCAAAAUGCGCAGGGGUAG